AUGCAGCAACAAAUCCUAUCAAGCGUUGCGACCGCCUAUGAUUCACGUUCAAUACCAAAUGACAAGUCCUCAUCUCCUUCGAUUAUCCUUUGUCCACCUAUUGGGCCGGAUAUUCCAUUUCAAUUCGUGUCAGGAAGACUGUUAAACCCAGUUGGAAUUGCUUUUCCAUUACGUUCAUUACCAUCUAUUCAGCUACUCUGCCUACAUCUUGCUCAAGAACGCAUGUCCAAUCGCCUUCAAGGUACUAACUUGCCCAAUACAUUUAUGCGUAAAAAACGGUCUAGCAUAAACGGGCUACCUAGUCAUUGGAUUCUAGGCGAGCUUCAAUUUAUGAGUAUUCAAUUACGAUGUCCGCAUGUCGGUCAAUUGAGCGAAUACUCUUGGUGGUGUGAAGCUGGGGCUAUGGGAGGUGGAUUACUUAAUCUUUAUGGUGCUGGCCUGAUAGAUAUCGCCCACAUAUUAGCUGGAAAAUUACGUAUGGCUACCGUAAACUGUAUUUCUAGGACUUUUAAUCCUCGACUCAAUCCUCGAAUGGCUUCUUUCCGCCGUAUUUAUGCCGAAGACUAUAUGCAUAUUACGAGCGAGUUAGAAGUAGAUUCCUUUUCUAAUAAUUUUACUGAGGAACGAAGUCCAAUUCUAGUUAUCUGCAUGGCUUCUCCUGUUCAGUUGUCGACAUCCAAACCCGUUACUGGGGUCGAAUCGAUGCAGCUAGCAGACAGUUCAAGUCUCUUUGAACUUCGGAUUGAAAUUACCGGUUCCCACGGCAGAUUUUUGGUGACUGAGAAUGGCCGACAAAUAACCUGGACUCCUGCAACUAUACUAUAUUCUUUAUCCUCUCAUGCCUCUGUCUCCAGUAAAGCUGCCUUAGUUGUUGAUAGGCGAUCAGCCUUUGCCAGACGUGCCAGUGCCUCGCAUAAAAAUAGACUACAUUCAAAUAAUUUAUCAUUUAAUGAGGAGCUUUGUAAAGAUAUUUCUCCACCUGAAGAAUUAUCUCGACUCCAUACUCCUAUCAAAUCAAAAAUUUACAGCGGGGAUGAUUUACUUACUAACAAUUGGCAGCUUAAUAUGAACAGUCAGUCUCGUUCUUCUGAACUAUCUUCGAAUAUCCUUAUUUCUGAAGCUUCAUCAAAGUCAUUUAUUCGUUUAGCUCGACUCGAAAAUGACACGGAAGCCGCAUAUAUUGAUCCCGAGGCAAGCCCUUAG